CAUGUGAUAGAGAAUGUGCGCGCGCCUACAGUGUCUUGUCAGCUAGCGCUCAGGAUGGACUGCAGAGAGUCGGCGUUAUUAGUGUCCGUUCUCCUCUUGGCUUUGGAUUUGUGCUCUGCUCAGAAUUAUGUCCUGAGCGAUGACGGGGGUCUGGGAAGGGUUUUUGAUGGAAUUGGAGGUUUAAGCGGCGGAGGGGCGACGUCUCGGUUACUGGUGAGUUAUGCGGAGCCGUACCGCAGCCAGAUACUAGACUUCCUGUUUAAGCCAAACUUUGGAGCUUCUUUGCACAUUCUGAAGGUGGAGAUCGGAGGAGAUGCGCAAACUACUGAUGGAACAGAGCCGUCUCACAUGCGCUAUGAAAAUGAUGAGAACUACUACAGAGGCUACGAGUGGUGGCUUAUGAAAGAGGCCAAGAAGAGGAACCCAAAUAUCACACUCAUAG